GUACGCUCUCCACGUCAGACAGAAAGAUUCAUGGUGCUCCAGCAGAGAAUAACUGAAAAGUCUGAAACAAAGACUCCUGACAUGGACAGUAUUGAAAUCAUACUCAAAGAGAACCAGGAGGAAAUGAAGAAAAUAAUUGAAAAGUUGAAAAUAAAGACUCAUGAUAUCGGCAGUAUGCUGAAAAAGAGAGAGGAAGACAUGGACAGUAUGAAAACUAUGUUGAAAGACAGCCAGGAACAAAUGGAAUUAAGAAUAAUUGAAGAGUCGACGAAAAGGACACGUGACAUGUUGAAAGAGAACAAGGAACAAAUGGAGGGAAUAAUUAAAGAAUCAGAAAAAAGGAGAACAGAGAACAAGAAGCAAACGGAGAGAAUAAUUAAAAAAGCAGAAAAAAAUACUCAUGAUAUCGGCAGUAUGCUGAAAAAGAGAGAGGAAGACAUGGACAGUAUGAAAACUAUGUUGAAAGACAGCCAGGAACAAAUGGAAUUAAGAAUAAUUGAAGAGUCGACGAAAAGGACACGUGACAUGUUGAAAGAAAACAAGGAACAAAUGGAGGGAAUAAUUAAAGAAUCAGAAAAAAGGAGAACAGAGAACAAGAAGCAAACGGAGAGAAUAAUUAAAAAAGCAGAAAAAAAUACUCGUGACAUACGCAAUAUUAAAAUCAUGCUGAAAGAGAACCAGGUGCAAAUGAAGAAAGUAAUUAAAAAGUCAGAAAAAAAGACUCAUGAUAUCGGCAGUAUGCUGAAAAAGAGAGAGGAAGACAUGGACAGUAUGAAAACUAUGUUGAAAGACAGCCAGGAACAAAUGGAAUUAAGAAUAAUUGAAGAGUCGACGAAAAGGACACGUGACAUGUUGAAAGAAAACAAGGAACAAAUGGAGGGAAUAAUUAAAGAAUCAGAAAAAAGGAGAACAGAGAACAAGAAGCAAACGGAGAGAAUAAUUAAAAAAGCAGAAAAAAAUACUCGUGACACACGCAAUAUUAAAAUCAUGCUGAAAGAGAACCAGGUGCAAAUGAAGAAAGUAAUUAAAAAGUCAGAAAAAAAGACUCAUGACAUACGCAAGAUCCAGGAGCAAAUGACGAAAAUAAUUGAAAAGUCAAAAGAAAAGACUCCUGACAUGGACAGUAUUGAAAUCAUACUCAAAGAGAACCAGGAGGAAAUGAAGAAAAUAAUUGAAAAGUUGAAAAUAAAGGUUCCCAGAGGAAUCAGGCGGAGGGUAUGCUAUCAUCAAGAUGGGAGGACAUGUCACUGCUUCUGCAAUCCCUCGUCCUCGGAAUAAAAAUACUAGGCUAUUCCGCUUAUGAACGAGGAUGAAGACAGGUGUUUAAGACUACAGUGCCUAGUUCGUAGGAACCCUAGAUCUUGAAGCCAUACCUAUAGCUAAAUCUGGAACUGGUUGAUGGCGCUGUGUUUAGGACUGUUUUUCACUGACGAUAGUAGUUAUAUUGAGAUUUAUAUUUUUACUUUAUAACCAGUAAUUUUUAUGUUUAAGACUCGUGUUUUACUGUUGAUAGCAGAUAUAUUGAGAUUAAUAUUUUACUUUAUAACCAAUAAUUUUUAUGUUUAAGACUCGUGUUUUACUGAUGAUAGCAGAUAUAUUGAGAUUUAUAUUUUUACUUUAUAACCAGUAAUUUUUAUGUUUAAGACUCGUGUUUUACUGUUGAUAGCAGAUAUAUUGAGAUUAAUAUUUUACUUUAUAACCAAUAAUUUUUAUGUUUAAGACUCGUGUUUUACUGAUGAUAGCAGCUAUAUUGAGAUUUAUAUUUUACUUUAUAACUAGUAAUUUUUAUGUUUAAGACUCGUGUUUUACUGAUGAUAGCACUUUGUACUUUGUACGGCAUUCAUUGGGGCUGACUGCGCUACUUGUAGGGGUCCAAAUCUAAAAGAGCCCCCUUGUCAGUGAUGCAGGACGGAGGGCCUGACAAGGACAGCUGUCUAGUCCGUCGGAUGAGACGAAAAACCGAGGUCCCGUGUAUACAUUGGAAUGCACGUAAAAGAUCCCAUGGCAGUUGGAAUUCGAUAUACGAGUAGGUGAUAGUGCCGCUGCCCGGGCAAAAUUUUUCUCAUAGCACUCUGUAAGGUGGAUGCCCGUCUUCAUUAGCCCAGUAUAGGAGCAGAACAGUGGGUCGUUAAACCCCAUUUCAUUUCAUUUCUCCAUGUUAUUAUACAUGCGCAAGGCGCUACAGACUCUGGGUGCCAUAAUAGGUCGUAAAUGAUGAGUUUUAAAAACUAGUUGUAAACAUGUCUUCUAACACGGACACGACACAAACACUGACAUUGCAAACCAAUCUAUGUAGUCAUAAAAUACGCUUUCCAGGCUUUAAUCCAUGUUUUAAUGAAAUUAAGACGAUAGGUUAAUCUUCUGGGGUAACGAAUCCCACAGAAGAGGCACAAUGUGAACAAACGAUCUUUCGGAAUUUUGUAAUUAUAAGAAGAUGUUCUUGUUGACAACGGAGUGUCCGAUAAGGAAAAUACGGUGAUAAACGAUCUGCUGUAUAGGUAUGGCAGUAUAUUAGACUCAAAAUUCUAACAUGCUAUCGUCUAAUUUCUAACUUCUAUUCAUGUUAUUUCUAACUUCUAUUCAUGUAAUUUCUAAAUUAAUACAAUGUAUAACGACGUCAUAAUGAUUGUUGCUAAGUAGAAGUAUCAAAAUUCUAAAUUUGUUUGACUUCCAUGCUUAACAUGUAAAGCGACAACAAAGUAGACAUUUUUCGUCUUAAUAAUAGAAAUAAGAUGAAACAGAAUUAAAAUUUACACUGAACAAAAAAAGAAGUUGGAUUAUACAUUGUCUUAAUUUAGAAAUUACAUGAAUGGAAGUUAGAAAUUACAUGAAUAGAAGUUAGAAAUUACAUGAAUAGAAGUUGGAAAUUAGACGAUAGCAUGUUAGAAUUUUGAGUCUAAUAUACAGCCAUAUAUAGGAAGGUCCGUUUCCACGUUAACACUUAUAUGCAAGGCACAAGAGCUUAAAAUCUGUUCUUAAUUUAAUUGGUUGUCGAUGAAGUGGUUUUAGUGCUGGUGUAAUAUGCGAGUUCCUUGGUGAGCAGUAACGUCGUAAACAUAUCUGAAGAGAAGAGAGAGAGAGAAAGACAUGGGGUUUAACGUCCACUCGACACAAACUAGGUAAUUUCGGGACUAACAUAUGGUUCAGUUUUAUUUCAAUAAUUCACGUGCGCGUAGGGGGCUUUGGUAGUGGGAGGAAACAGGACCCGGUGUAAUAUGGAUUCCGUGGUACUCAUAUCGUAAAGAGUAGAAUAGUUAAAUUCGACAAAAAAUGUUAUAAAUUUUCCAGUUUAUCACGAACCCCAACUGGCCCUACUUUACGAAUUAAACUGGGGGAUCACGUGGCUAAGUGGGUAAAACGCUGGCUCGCUAGCCUAGAGGUCGGGUGUUCGAUCCCUGCAUUGGCCGAGAAAGUUCAUCCCGAUUUUCCGGCGUGGUCGACGAAAAACCGAGGCCGUAGCGCCGCUGCCCGGGCAAAAUUUCCCUCAUAGCACACUGUAUGGCGUAUGCCCGUCUUCAUUAGCCCAGUAUAGGAGCAGAACAGUAGGACGUUAAACCCCAUUUCAUUACACGAAUUAAACUAAAAUUGCUCUGGUAAUCAGGUAUUGCGGUUACUUGUCAUUAUAGAAUUUAUUUGAUCAAUCGGAUCUAUUUUGUAAAACGUUAGACGUUUUUUAGGAGGCAAUGUUUUGAUUAUAAAAUUUAAAUUGUAUAUUUCUUUUCAUUUUUAUAUUUUAAAUAUUUGUAUGCAUUGUGAUAUUUAAUUAUUUUUUUUUUUAAAAAUAUAUCUGAUAUUUUUAGUAAGCCAUACGAAUAUGCACACACUAUCAAAAUAUGUGAUUACCUGACUAGCGUAUUAUUUAGAUGUUAUGGGAGAAAUAAAUUCAUCUGAUAUAA